GUCAAAGGAUUUAGCUAAGAGUUCUUCAAAUCCACACACAUUGAACAAACAACAUUGUUGUCACCAAAAAUACACUAAUUUUCACAAACAAACAUGAAAAAAUCUUUACAUUUUCGCUCUUUUUUUGAGACAACACCAUGGCAUAAAACUCUCAGAAAAACAUUGCAUUUUCAUUCUUUUUCUUCUCCACCUUCUUGUACUUUUCUUGGCCCUAAUCUUCCUGACGUUUGGAUACCUAAAGAGAACAACACUUCCCCUCAUACCCUUUUGCCACAAAGUUUCCAAUGGUCUAAUGAUGGUCAUAGUGCUAGAAUCAUUGAAGGUAAACCAAUUGCUAAACAGAUAAAGCUGAAAGUGGCUGAUGAGAUAAGAAAGAUGAAGAGUGAGAUUGGGAAGUUUCCUAGAUUGGCUGUGGUUUUGGUAGGUGAUAGAAAGGAUUCUCAUACUUUCAUUCAUGUUAAGAUGAAAGCUUGUGAUAAAGUUGGAAUUGGAACUGUGGUUUCUGAGUUGCCAGAGAGUUGUACUGAAAAUGAACUGCUUGAUGUUGUUUCUGGUUUCAAUGAUGAUGAUGAUGUGCAUGGGAUUGUUGUGCAACUCCCUUUACCUCAGCAUCUCGACGAGGAAAGAAUUAUGAAUGUUAUUCGUCCUGAAAAGGACGUCGAUGGAUUUCAUCCUUUAAAUAUAGGAAACCUUGCAAUUCGAGGAAGAAAACCCUUCUUUAUACCUUGUGCCUCAAAGAGCUGCAUUGAGUUGUUACUUAGACAUGGUGUCGAAAUCAGAGGGAAAAGAGUUGCGAUAAUUGGAAGAAGUAAAAUUGCAGGAUUACCAACUUCAUUGCUAUUGCAGAGGCACCAUGCAACUGUCAGUUUGUUGCACGCGUACACGAAGAAUCCUGAACAGAUAACGUCUGAAGCGGACAUUAUCGUCACGGAUGUUGGAAUCGCGAACAUAGUUCGUGGCGAUUGGAUAAAGAAAGGAGCUGUGGUUAUUGACAUGGGAACAAAUCAAGUUAAGGAUUCCAACAGCGGAGUCUUUCGUGUCACGGGAGAUGUUUGCUUCGACGAAGCGGUCAAGGUGGCAUCGGCCAUUACACCAGUUCCCGGAGGCGUAGGACCAGUUACAAUUUCAAUGCUUCUCUCGAACACACUUGAUUCGGCGAAACGUGCAUUUGGGACGAAUUGAUUGUUUCUUGCUAUACAAGUAAAUGAAUAUCAUCAUUACAUUGCCUCUUCUGAGAAGCCUAGUGAUGUUUCCUUGAGUGAUGAAAAUGCAAUUUGUUGAAGCUAACUUACUAUAUGAUAUGUGACAAUAUAAAAAUGCAGUUUUGAUUGUUCUGCUCCUUAUCAUGUAGAUGAUUUAAGAUUGUUGUAGAUAAUUUUGUAACUUUUGUAUAACUAGGAGAAAUCUUCAUUUUUUAUAAAGUCCUUAAGUGUUGGGUUU